AUGGAAUUGCAUUUACGAUUUUGUCAAUUGGUUUUUGGAAUUAUUCUGCCUUCUUGUCUUCUUUUGUACGAAUGUAGAAAGUUAGAGGGCUAUAAGUUUCCAGUUUACUCAACAGAGUUAUGUCCUAGAAAUCAAACGGAGUGGAAUGAAAGGUCUGUUGCAUUAAACUGCACUGACAAAAAUGGAUACUUGUGUUUACCAAACGAAAACAUUACGGAACUGUUAGAGUUCUGUUAUGAAGGUCCUUUCAUAUGGAUUGAAGAAAAUAUUUGUUUGUUCCUAAGAAAGGGCUUGUCAGCUUUGUUUUCAUACAGCUGCAUUGGUUUUCAAUUCGGAUGUCCGAAUUCGUCUUUCCCCUCACAUGAGCUGUACAAAAAUCCAUAUUGCACAUUGAUUGGACAUGGAUGUUUUCUUGCUGAACCAUCUUGUCAACGCUCAACGUCAACCACAUAUCUAGAAAAUGUCACCGAACAUAUACAAUCAAAAAGCAGGGAAUGGGCUUUAGUUGGAACAACGUUUGGAGUGUUUAUUGUUACGUUUUUUUGUUUAACUUGCUUCAUAUUCAUCAUAAAUGGAAAAGGAUAUCAAAUUCUCAAACAAAACACAAAUGAAGAAAACAACAAAAAAGAGGAGCUUCCGCCAUCAAGUUCACCAAAUACGCUCGUUUUCAAUGAAAUUAGUGCAGAAGGACAUAAAAUGUGCAAACUAACCAAUGAUGAUGAAAACCAUGAUAAAGAGAAGCUUUCGCCAUCACAUUCAACAACUGCGCUCGUUCUCAAUGAAAUUCGUGCAGAAGAAUAUCAAAACAAUGAUGAAGAAAACAAAAGCACAGAGGAGCUUUCGCCAUCAACUACCCCACAUAGUCUCGUUUGUCAUGAAAUUAGUGCAGAAGGUAUAGGUCUAAUGUUUAAAGAGCAUAGCAAUUAUUUAAAAACCAAUUUGAUUCUAAAACAAGGCACUAUCCAUGCAUACCAUGUGUUUGGAAUAUGCAAAACAUAUAAUUUUCAUUUAAAGAGUUGUAUGUUUAAGCAUUUUUUAAGAGAUUUGUCGAAGGCUUAG